AUGUUGAUGAUGCUUCGGAGUGCCAAAGCUUUGAGAUCUGUUCGGCCUCGAUUCAUGGAGACAGGUACUCUGAGAACUUCUUUAUUCCACAGACCAUACGAAGAGUUCUUGUGUUUCUUCGGCGAACGAAGCUUUUCUGGUGGUGUCAGCAGCAGCAGCCAUAGAAAGAUCUCUUCUUACAGAGAGAGGUUGAGAAUUGGUCUCGUUAAUAUCAAGAAGGACGAUGCUGUUGCUCUCUUUCAAUCCAUGCUUCUGUCUCGUCCUCUCCCUACUCUCAUAGAUUUCAGUAGAAUGUUUAGUGGUAUUGCUAAAACGAAACAGUAUGGUCUCGUUUUAAGUCUCUGCAAGCAAAUGGAAUUGCAAGGGAUUGCGCAUAACAACUACACGCUGAGUAUUGUCAUCAACUGCUUCUGCCGGCUCAGGAAACUCGGUUUUGCCUUUUCUGUUUUUGGAAAGAUGUUGAAGCUUGGGUAUGAGCCUAACACAAUCACCUUCUCUACUUUGAUUAACGGGUUGUGUCUCCAAGGUCGAGUUUCUGAAGCUGUGGAGUUAGUUGAUCGGAUGGUGGAAAUGAAGGUUGUUCCAAAUCUCAUCACACUUAACUCUAUUGUCAAUGGGCUUUGUCUACAAGGAAAAGUCUCUGAAGCAAUGUCUUUGAUAGGUCGAAUGAUGGAUAAUGGCUGUCAGCCUGACACAUUUACAUAUGGUCCUAUUUUGAACAGAAUGUGUAAGUCAGGGAAUACUGCCUCCGCCUUGGAUCUGCUCAGAAAGAUGGAACAUAGAAAGAUGAAGCUCGGAGUAGUCACAUACAGUUUGAUUAUCGAUAGUCUUUGCAAAGACGGGAGCCUUGACGAUGCGCUCAGCCUUUUCAAUGAAAUGGAAACCAAAGGGAUCAAAGCAAAUGUCUUCACCUAUAACUCUCUCAUAGGAAGCUUCUGUAAUGCCGGAAGAUGGGAUGACGGCGCACAGUUUCUGAGAGAUAUGAUUACAAGGGGAAUCACCCCGGACGUCAUCACUUUCAAUGCUUUGAUUGAUAGUUUUGUGAAAGAGGGAAAGUUUUCUGAAGCUAAAGAAUUGUACAAUGAGAUGAUCACAAGAGGCAUAGAUCCUGAUACCAUUACAUAUACUUCUUUGAUAUAUGGGUUGUGCAACGCAAAGCGCUUAGAUGAAGCCAACCAGAUGAUGGACCUAAUGGUUAGCAAGGCUUGCGAUCCGAAUAUUGUGACUUAUAAUAUCCUUUUAUACGGAUACUGUAAGGCUAAAAUGGUUGAUGAAGGUAUGAGACUUUUCCGCAAAAUGUCUCUGAGAGGAUUGGUUGCAGAUACAGUGACUUAUAGCACUCUCAUCCAAGGCUUUUGUCAGUCAGGAAAACUUAAUGUUGCCAAAGAACUCUUCCAAGAGAUGGUUUCGGAAGGUGUUCAUCCUAAUAUUACGACUUACGGUAUUUUGCUGGAUGGGUUGUGUGACAAUGGAGAACUAAAAGAGGCACUCGAAAUACUUGAUAAAAUGCACAUGAUUAAGAUGGAUCCUGGUAUUGGUAUAUAUAAUAUCAUCAUUCACGGGAUGUGCAAUGCUAGUAAGAUCGAUGAUGCUUGGGAUCUAUUCUGUAGCCUCCCUCCUAGAGGAGUGAAGCUUGAUAUCAAGACAUACAAUAUAAUGAUCGGGGGAUUAUGUAGGAAGAGGUCACUGUCUGAAGCGGACGCAUUGUUUAGAAAAAUGAAGGAAGAUGGGUAUGAGCCAGAUGGUUGUACAUGGAACAAACUAAUCCGAGCUCAUCUCCUUGACAGUAACAUAAGCAAAUCAGUUGCACUCAUUGAAGAAAUGAAAGGGUGUGGGUUCUCUGCUAAUGCUUCCACUAUAAAGAUGGUUAUGGAUAUGUUAGUGGAUGGUAGAUUGGACAAAAGAUUUCUAGACAUGCUUUCUGGUCCUUUUGGAGGCAAAUCAUCAUCGUUGGAUUGAAAUAAGUCUUCUUGGAAGAAGCUGGUGAGCCUUGUCGGAAGGGGGAUAUGUAUUUGCUAAUAUGCUUUCUUAGAAUGUUUGAAUCUUAUCUGCAAUAGACAAAGUCCCGGCUAGUCAUUUUAUGUGGUAUUUUGGCUUUAAUAGUAUAAACUAAGUUUGUUCGUGAUGUCUUCUCCUUUUUAUGUCGCUUUUCUUUCAU